ACAAUUCUAAUUCUAAACACGGUACAAAAAUCUCCAGAUUUUCCCGUCAUCCAAACACACACUCGCUCUCUCUCCAGGGUUUUGAUUAAACAUCUCAAGAUCACACGCGUCCUUGCACUUCCUGGAAUAGCUUCUACUGUUAAUUCCUUUUCUCUUUGUGGCAGUGAAUAGAUAUGCCUUGUCAUUCGGACCCCGAAACUCCAUUUCUCUAGGGUUUUCGCAGGAUUAUACUGGCAUCUCCUUCGAUGAACAGCGAUUGCGAACUCGAUAGAAAAUCAGAUGCCAUUGAUGAGCAUGAAGAUUUAAAGGGAAGGAUCUCAGAAGGGGGCGGCGGCGGCGUCGAUGGCUCUAACGACGAGAGGUGUUCGAAUUCGAGGGUGUCCGAAGAAGCUAGGGUUUCGGAAAUGGAGCUUGAUCCGGGAGCUCAAGACGCCGCGGCUGGUCCUAGGGUUCCGGAGAGGGGAGGAUUAGAGAAGGAGGAGGUUAGGGUUAAGCUUGAGGUAUCUAAGGAGAGUGAUGGUGGAGAAGCUUACAAGGAAAUGGAAUUGAAAGAAUCGGAGGUUAAUGAAGAAAACUCGAGCGCCAACGGAGGCGAAGAAGCUCAAAAUGAAGAAGAAAGCGAGGAGUAUGAUCGAAAAGAGGCGCAGAAACGUAGUGGUUCUCAGUACAAUUCUUUGUUGUCCGAGUUCGAUGAUUUUGUGGCGAAUGAGGAAAGCGGCCAAAUAGCGACCUGUAGGGCGUUGCGCUAUGGGUUUGAAGUCGGCGACAUGGUCUGGGGAAAGGUGAAGUCUCAUCCAUGGUGGCCGGGCCACAUAUUCAACGACGCAUUUGCGUCUCCUCAGGUGCGGCGAACCAGGAGAGAAGGUCAUGUAUUGGUGGCUUUCUUUGGUGACAGUAGCUACGGAUGGUUUGACCCCGCCGAGCUCGUCCCUUUUGAAGCCAAUUUUGCGGAGAAGUCGCGGCAAACGACUUCGCGGAAUUUCAUGAAGGCCGUGGAAGAGGCCGUUGAUGAGGUGAGUAGGAGGGCCAGUCUUGGGUUGUCGUGUAAAUGCAGGAAUCCGUACAACUUUCGUGGGACGAAUGUUCAAGGAUAUUUCGUAGUUGAUGUGCCUGAUUAUGAGCCACGGGCAGUCUAUUCCGCGGCGCAAAUUCAAAAGGCUAGGGAUAGUUUUAAGCCAGCCGAAGCCGUGUCUUUCAUUAAGCAAUUGGCAUUGUCUCCCUGCCUUGGUGAUGAGAAGGAUGUGAGUUUUGAUAAGAAUAAGGCCACGGUGUCCGCUUAUAGGAAGACCGUGUUUGAAGAAUAUGAUGAGACGUAUGCACAGGCGUUUGGUGCGCAGCCAGGACGCCCUCGGCGCGAUCCAGUUAACUCACCGGACCAGCCUGUUAAACCUGUUAAACAGCCACCUCUGGCUCCUUUGAGUGGUCCAUUGGUGAUUGCGGAAACUCUGGGUGGUGGUACAAGUGCCAGUAAACAUACGAAAGCUAAGGAGAAUUCCAAAAAAGACAGGUACCUUUUCAAGCGUAGAGACGAAUCGAGUAACUUAAAAGCCCAUCAAAUUAGCCAAGGGCAAGCAAGUUCGUCUGCCUCAUCGGCUUGUGUGGAUGGAUCAGUAGCAGCUGGGGAUGAGGAUUAUGUGUUGCAGAAGAGAGCUCCAGCUGUUCCUGUAAAGGCUCAGAUUUCAGGGAAACAUGAACAGACUGGGCUUAUUAGCAUUAGCGGAGCAGAUUCAGGUUCUCAUGGCAGAGGACCCAUAAGCGCAGAUCUAACAUUAGGAAGCAGUUCUCUUGCCACCCAACAUGUUACCGAGGACACAAAGCCAUCUCUUGAUGAGGGGAAGGGACCUCUUGAGGAAGUGAAACAGGGAUCAGGGUCUGCGUCAGACAGAGGAGUUGUUGGCUCUAAUGAUUUGUUAGGGAAUGGAACUCUGCCCUGUGUAAGAGAUGGUGCAUCACAAUCUCCUAAACAGGAUGGUGAAGGCUUGGCUGAGUUUAAACCUGACGAGAAAGCCAAAAUAUCCAGAUCAGAUGAACAGUUUCAACAACCUCAGUUGAAUUCCACAGUGAGAGUGGAAGAAAGCCAUGGAAUGGAUGAAGUUCGGGAUGGCCAUGUUGGUCCUUCACCAACUGAUGCAAAUCGUUUGAGUGGAAAGAGUACUGCUGGUGGAGUGAAAAAGUCAAAAGCUAAACGGCCGUUGGAAGAAUUAGCCCCUGAGAACUCAGUGGAGGGAAAGAAGAAGAAAAAGAAACAAUUAGGUUCAGAAACAAGCUUCAGAGAUCCACAGAAGAAUUUAGUUUCCAAAAAAGUUGGUCCCUCUGGGGAAAAAUUAGUGGGAAGAUCAACCCUUGUUGGUUUGGCUCCCAAAGAAGAACUAAAGGUUGAAAAACCUAAGAAAAACGUUGCUUCUAGUAUCAAUUUCUCAGAUUCUGUUGGAACAUCUGUUGAUAUUGGAAAUGUUGAACUUGAACUUCCACAACUUUUGAGUGAUUUGCAAGCUCUUGCUCUUGAUCCUUUUCACGAUGCAGAAAGAAACAGCCCUGCAAUUGUACAGAAGUUUUUUUUGCGAUUCCGGUCUCUUGUUUACCAGAAAAGCUUGGUUCUUUCACCACCAUCAGAGGCUGAAUCUAUUGAAGCUCGCCCCACAAAGAACUCCUCUGAGCAUGUUAGAGAUUUGCCAUCCUCAAAACCAGCGAAACCCUCAUUUAGAGCUGAUGAUCCAACUAUAGCUGGACGUAAACGGGCUCCAUCUGAUCGUCAAGAAGAGAUUGCAGCCAAGAAGUCCAAGAAAAUGAGCGAUAUAAGAUCUUUGGCAGCAGAAAAGAAGGCUGCCCAGAAAACUUCUGAAGAGCCACGUGGGGAGGCAAGGGAAGCAGCAGUUCCAUCUGGCCGAAAAAUCAAGCAUGUUUCCAUCAAGAAAGCAGAGCAUACUGCUAGGGCAGUUGAACCCACUAUGCUGGUGAUGAAAUUCCCUCCCAAGACAUCUCUACCAUCCCCAGCCGAACUUAAGGCAAGAUUUGCACGUUUUGGGCCUAUGGAUCAGUCGGGUCUACGCGUAUUCUGGAAGUCAUCAACGUGCCGAGUUGUGUUCCUGCACAAGUCAGAUGCUCAAGCAGCUUGUAGAUUUGCAGCGGCGAACAAUUCUUUAUUUGGCACACCAGGCAUGAGGUGCUACACUAGGGAAGUUGAAGCUCCUGCGACUGAAGCUCCUGAAUCUGGGAAGGGCCAAGGAGAUGACAUUUCCCUCGACACCACACGGACCAAGGACACUGCUGUUCUUCAACGACCGUCAUCAAUCACUACAAAGCAGCCUCUUCCGCAGGCUGCCGUCCAGCUCAAGUCCUGCCUGAAGAAGGCAGCUACCGAUGAGUCGGGGCAGCAGGGAACUGGCGUAGGUGGAGGCAGUGGUAACAGUAGAGGUACCCCACGUGUAAAGUUCAUGUUGGAUGGGGAAGACAGUAGUAGUAGGGUUGAGCAGUCAUUGAUGGCUGGUAAUAGAAAUAACUCCAGCAACAACAGUGCUAGUUUUCCAGAUGGUGGUGCACCUUCCUCUUCCAAUUCAUCUUCUACUUCUACUUCUGUUGCAAUGGAUUUUAGUGUUAGAAACUUUCAAAAGGUCAUUUCUCAAUCCCCACCUAUUCUUCCAACCCCUCAAUUAGCAAAAACCCCACUUAACAAUUUACAUCAUCUUGAAAUGAUAGCACCUCCCAGAAACACAACAUCCAUUGCACCGCCCACUGUUGAUAUUUCCCAGCAGAUGCUAAGCCUCUUGACGAGGUGUAACGAUGUUGUGACCAAUGUCACGAGUUUGUUGGGCUACGUGCCUUAUCAUCCUCUUUGAUUAAACAAAAAAACAGUAAAAAGGAAAGCAAUCUCGGCAAAAAAGAAAAAUACAUCUACCAAGGCUUGUGUAGAAGUGGAGUAAUAUUUGCGUGACACUAAAAAGGGCGAAAAUCAUAUGAGCACUCCACAAUUAUUGAGGGAAAAGACGUGGAAGUGGGGUCUAAUUCCCGGGUCAAGAGCUGCUGAAGGAUCGAGAUAGAGAGGCCAAUUUUUAAGCAUGGUUUUGGGCUGAAAAGAUGUUUGGCUGUGGAUACUUUAACUAUGUAAUCUGAUAUCAUAUGGUGCCAUAGCGAUGUUAUGCAUCUUGGUUGGUUUUUUUUUUUUUACUUUCUAUUCUGUGGGCCUGCGGUUAUGCAUUGCUCACUCCAGUUCUGUUUUGAGCUUCGUGAAUUGAAAUUACUCAUAGGCACGUUUACACGUUUUGUUUUGCCCCUAUGGUGGCCGUAUUUGUGAUAUUCGGUCUCGCGGGGCAUUGCUAAUGACCACAUAAACGCCCCAUCUGUUGAAGCCGGCACUAAAGGAAGAUUUUAUUCCUUUGGUAUGCUUUUCGCUCCAAAGAAUAUUUUUCUUUUC